UUUUGAACUACCAUACUAAAUUAAAUAGCACUACAGUUACGGUGGUCAAAUUGGUUUCUGACUUCUUUUACAUAGGAUCCUUAGUAGCAUUUCUGUCCCAGUGAACUCCUUAUAUAACCCUUAACUGAAUUGCCAUAGACUUGCUGUUCAACCCUGUCUACAUCUGUAUACCACAAGUACAUCUGACACCUGUCGAAGAAAGUGUAAUGUACAUGUUAUGUUAGUUACACCUUUCAAAUGCUCUUCUCAAAGACAGACGUUGUGGUGAUUCAGUUCCUUUUUAGCAUUCUCAUUUUCCAUUAACAGUCUGAGUGAUGGAGGAAAAUAGCCCCACUUCCUCAAACACCUCAACUUAAACUUGCACUUAGAAUGAAUAGGCUGUGUUAUAUGCAACCAUCACAUGUCACAGAGAUGCUUCGUGUCACUCUGGCUCUCCUGUCUUUUGCUACAGCUCUGCUGCCUACUUUGGAAUCUGAAGAACAGAUGAUGAAGAUCAGGGAAGGCGAGAGCUUCACUUUUCACACAUCUGCACACAAGAAGGUUCAGUUAGAUGACCAGGUUCUUUGGUCAUAUGGUCAUCUGAAUCCAAGCACUCUGAUAGCCCAGAUUUACCAGAUGGACAUAAAUACAGAGCUCAGUGAGAGAUUCAGGGACAGACUGCAGCUGGACAAAGAAAGAGGAUGUUUGACCAUCAGGAAUGCCACAGCCAAAGACUCAGGAAUCUAUCGCGUUGAUGUAACAGGUGGAGGGUUUUCAAACGUCACAUGGUUUCAGUGUGCAGUUUAUGCUCCAGUCUCCAAGCCUGUCUUGAGCACCAUACCAGGGAAUCAAUCAAUCAUCAGGCCAUCGGCUGUUUUAGUGGAGUGCUUUGUGGAGAAUGGGAGAGAGGUCACCCUGUCCUGGUACAGAGGGAAUGAGCUGCUGAACAAGACCAGCAGUCCAGACAUCAACAUCACUCUCAUGCUCCCCCUUGUGGUUGAAGAGCAGGACACCACUGUCUACACCUGUGUGGCUGCUAAUCCAGUCAACAACCAAACAGUCCUACUAGGUACAGAAGACCUCCUUCUACAUACAACACACAGGUGGAAAGUGUUCUCAGUGCUGCGACGCCAUUGUGGUGCGCCUGGUGCUAUCUGCCCUGGUAACUGUGGUCAUGGCUGCCCUGCUGGUGGAGCACUUCAGAGGCAGUGAAUCAGAUGGAAUAGUCUAUUUGACAUAAUAAUUCAAAGAUGCUAAAUAAGAAUUCAAAUAUUUGCUAAAUAAAUCAAUAAGUACACUGGCAUUGAUGUCUCCUGACAGGAAAUAAAAACAUCCAAUCAGUGCUCUCUGAUUACUGUAACUGCUACAUAAGAGUUUUCAGAUAGUCUCUAGACAUGCUGUGAACUUAUUUCUGCCUUUUAAAAUCAAUCAUAAUCAACCUACAGGGCUGUACUAAGACCAUUACUACUGAAAUGUUUAUAGCAGGGUGCAUCAUUGGUCUUGGUUUUUGGUCUAACAAAACAAAGCCAACAGGUUCUGUUAUCACUCACUUUUACAUAUCCUCUGUUAUUGUUAUAAAUUCUGAUGUAAAGCAUUUGUGUAAUAAUGAAUAAUAAACAGCCUUUAUUUUUGCAAUCAGAUUGGGUAAUUCCGUUAGAUAUGUGCUGACGGGUAGUCAACAUACAGUCUAUCUAUGUUGCACCGAAUAUAGGGCAACAGCUACUUUAUGUCAUCCGUAUAGCACACAAGGCGGUGACUUCCUGUUUGGUUUUAAAUGUAGCCAUGGUGCAGGUUUCAUGCAGAUCGCAUGAACAAGUUUUACAAAGGAGCCACAGAGAAGAGACAUCUGAGAAGAGAGGCCGUCACUUGCUGGUGUAAAAGCUGGUACUUUCCAUAUUGUGGUGUGUGCCUUUUCUGAACCAGGGACUGUUACAUUGCAUUUAAGCCCUUUGUUUAGCUAGUUUAUUUUAGUUUGACAUGGCAACAGUUCCAUACAUUCUACAUUGAAAACAAGGAAACAGUUGUCAGUGGUCAGAACUGUUUUGCAAACAUUAAAAUUAUAGGCACCCACAGGAAUAAUUAUUUAUCAUCCACAAAACUCCACUCCAAUCCACAGUAACUCUCCAAAUAGUGUUGCUACAUAUUUGUUAUCCCCUGAGAAUAUUAGCUAAUAUGGGCUGCACAAAGACAGUGUGACUGAAUAAACAUUAAAAUCAUAAUUCAAUAAAUUAUUGAAUCCAAGAUGUUUUAAGCAACUGCCAUAUUGCUACACUGACAUACUGUGUAAUUUCUCAAUAAAAAAAUAAAGUAAUCUUCAGUUAUUAUAAUCUGUCUAAAGGUAUAACAUGACCUUAUACGUGUCUUAUUUAAAGAGGCAUAAACUGUUUCCCACCAUGAUAUGAAUCAUCAAAUUACUGUGUAUCCAACCACAGGAUAUAAGGGACCGCUGUGCCGUUUUUUUUUUAAUCUACAGGAAGUCGAGUGCACAGCUGGCACUAAGACCCUGGUCUCAGUUGCCUUGUCAGAUUAAGUACAGCGGAAAGUAUUUCAAUUGUGUUAUUUCGUGUCACAUCAGUACAAAUUUGUCUGACCUAACUAUUGACAUGAUGAAACUGUUUGCACUGGCUACAGAAAUACAAUAUUAA